AUGACUGUUGAAAGAGAUACGAUCAGUUUGCACGAAGUAUUGGAUCUUACUGUAGAUGAGUCAUUGACAGAUGUUCUAAGUGCGGUCUUGGUUAGAAAAAGAAACCUUGGAUCCUCCUUAUUCGGGAAGUUCUGCCAAAACGAGGUCGUCACAACGUCUUACGAAGGGAAAACAACGAAAAAGUUAGAGGUCUCAAGGCGCUAG